UCACGUUGAACUCUAUAUUGUAGUUUCAUCAGGGUGCCCCCACGUUGACCUCUAUAUUGUAGUUUCAUCAGGGUGCCCCCACGUUGACCUCUAUAUUGUAGUUUCAUCAGGGUGCCCCCACGUUGACCUCUAUAUUGUAGUUUCAUCAGGGUGCCCCCACGUUGACCUCUAUAUCGUAGUUUCAUCAGGGAUCACCUAUGUUGACCUCUAUAUUGUAGUUUCAUCAGGGUGCCCCCACGUUGACCUCUAUAUUGUAGUUUCAUCAGGGUGCCCUCACAUUGACCUCUUGCCGUAUCUUUCUCUUCCGAGUUUCGGGGAUGAGGGCCUGGUCCGGGGUGAGCAGUACAUCCUGUGCCUCCGAAUCUUUGAAGUGGAAAUCUUCAUACAAAUCGAGCAGUAGCAGGGAUGAACCUGGAGGGGGAGCUGUUCAAGGACCUGAUGAGAGGCUACAACAAGAACGUCCGGCCCAUGGAGAAGAGUGGUGACAUCACACAGGUCACCGUCAAGAUGACCCUCACCAACCUUAUUUCCCUGAAUGAAAAAGAAGAAGCCCUUACAACCAGCGUCUGGAUUGAAAUGAAAUGGUGUGACUACAGGCUGAGGUGGGACCAAUCUCCCAGGUCUGUCCUGUAUGGAAACCUCACCUCCCAGAUGAGGAUCCCAUCCAAGAGCAUCUGGCUGCCUGACAUCAUCCUGGAGAACAAUGUAGACGGAAAGUUUGAGAUAGCCAUGUACUGUAAUGCCCUGGUGUCUCCUGGUGGCUGUGUGUACUGGCUGCCUCCUGCCAUCUAUCGCAGCGCCUGCUCCAUCACCGUCAACUACUUCCCCUUCGACUGGCAGAACUGCACCAUGGUGUUCCGUUCCCAGACCUACAACGCUAACGAGAUAGAACUAGUUCUCACAGAGGAGGACAACCAGCCUGUGGAGUGGGUGGUGAUCGACCCCGAGGCUUUUACAGAGAAUGGGGAGUGGAUCAUCAAACACAGGCCUGCUAAGAAGAUGAUUAACCAGCGCUACACUAAAGAUGAAUUAGAGUACCAGGAAGUGGUGUUCUUCCUGAUGAUCCAGAGGAAACCUCUGUUCUACGUCAUCAACAUCAUCGUUCCCUGUGUCCUCAUCUCAUCCCUGGGCCUGCUCGUCUACUUCCUGCCUGCCAAAGCUGGGGGUCAGAAGUGCACCGUGUCCAUCAUGAUCCUCCUGGCCCAGACUGUCUUCCUCAUCCUCAUAGCCAACAAGGUCCCAGAAACCUCCCAGACUGUUCCUCUUAUCGGAAAGUACCUGAUGUUUGUCAUGUCCGUGACCACCAUCAUAGUAAUGAACUGUGUCAUCGUGCUGAACCUGUCUCUAAGAUCCCCCAAUACACACAUCAUGAACAAUAAAGUCAGGAAGGUCCUGCUGAACAUCCUGCCUCGGCUGCUGAGGAUGCAGAUGCGACCGUGGACACCGUCUGAGGACUGUGACCUCAGUGAUGGAACCGGUAAUGGUCACAGUCACAGUACCGACAGUGGGAGUAACAUAUUCCUAGUCCCCUGCCGGCGUCGCAGCUCCCUAGGACUCAUCAUCAAGGCAGAGGAAUACGUCAUGAAGACGGCCCGGUCUGAACUCAUGUUCUCCAGGCUCAGAGAGAGAGACGGCCUCAUGAAAUCUGCACUGGAGAAGAUCUAUAACAGUCUUGAGGGGAGUACGGCACAAGACCUGGGGACCAGCCUGGCCCAGGCCUCACCGGAGGUACGCCAGUGUGUGGAAUCCUGCAAACAUAUUGCCAAGAGUGCCAGGCAACAAAACAACUUUGAGAGUGAGAAUGAGGAGUGGUUCCUGGUUGGCCGGGUGAUUGACAGGGUGUGCUUCAUCGCCAUGGCGCUGUCGUUCUUCAUGGGCACCAUCGGAAUCUUCCUGAUGGGGCAUUUCAACCAGCCCCCCUCCGUACCUUUCCCUGGUGAUCCCAGGAAGUACCUUCCUCCGUUAGGGAAUAACAUCACCGAUCCCACUGGGAAUGACACUGGUGAAAAUCUACUGGGUUGAGAAAUGUCCAUAAACCAGGAAGAGGUCUGAAAAUGGCCCUAGAAAGGAAUGGGUUUUAGCACAGGUUAUUGUGGCUGCAGAAAGCUUUGAGAGAUCUUUGAUUAUGUAUGUAUUGGUGGUCUGAGACUGAAACUAAACCAUGUGGGUCUGUCACAGGUCUUGCAGUUUAUGAGUUUACUCAUUCAGUGAGACAACAAAGAUAUUGACAGUGGAUUAUAGAUGUCCAUACGAAUUACAAAGGGAUAUGGUUGACCAUACGCACUGAUGCCUUGUAUGAUAUGUGUGUUUCAGAGAAAUGGUUGAAGGUGGUAUUUUUGAACAUAGAUAUUACCACUGAGUAAUAUGCUAAAGUUUUAUCACACUGUUAUGUUUACUUUCUUUAAGGCAACCCAACCCGGACUCAGGGGUAGACGUAACCUAAUAAAUGUAAAUCCGGUACACUCCAAUUAGUAUGAUAUGUUACGUUU